AGAAUUUUAGCUUCUCUCUCUAUCUGUGUAUACAAAUGAUACUCUCUUUUUGUGGUUGCUUUUUUGUGCUUACUUUACAAGAGAAGGGAAAGCCAAGCAAGAAGAAGGGUGUAUUUGAACAAAAGUUUAAUUAUUCUUUUUAGCCAAAACACUUUUAAGUUUUAACUCUUAUUUUGAAGCAAAAGAAAAAACACACAAUAAAGAGAGAAAUAUAUUGUAGUGAUUUUUUUCCUGGGGGUUGAGAGAGAGAACAGAAGGAAAGAGAGAAAGCUCAACGUCAGAGUUAGCCGUAGCCCUUAAGGUUCCCCUAUUUUGUGUUUGUGGUUUUGGACUAGCUGAGGUACACAGAGAAUCCUCUUCUUCUCAUCCACACCCCUCUCUCUCUUCUCUCUCAUUCUCUCUUUCUGAUAAUGAGUUUAAACUUUUAAACAACAGGGUCUAUAUUUUUGUUCAUAUUUGUGUGGCUUUCCUUGGAUUUUAUAUAUUUAUUUAUUUCCUAGGUAAUAUAUAUUAUCAUAUAUAUAUAUAUAUAUAUAUAUUAUUAUUAUUAUCAAGCAUGGUUUUUCAAACCAUGAAGGAGAAAAAUACGGAUUGCGGCUACACCACCAUCUGCUUCACCUUCCACUUCUCUUCAUCAUAAACUCUCUCUUACUUGUUUCUUUCUUCUGCUCUUUCAUAAAAACAAAAGCUUGUCUCUUUGGUCAGUUCCAAACUAGUAACAAGUUUUCUAGUAGUGGUCAUAUAGAGAGACUUAUUACUUACUUCUGAGUUUAAUAUCAAUAUCUUUUUGCCUUCUUAAUUUGUUGUGUCUUGUUCUUUUUCUUUCCAGUCUAAGCUUUUGUAGACUGUAGUCCACCUUUUUUUUUUUCAUUUUUCUUCCCUUUCUAUUUUUGGUAAGGUUUGUCCUUUAGAUCCCAGAAACCUUCCCAGCAUUUGAAAAAACCAAGAUCUAUGGCCUAUACCACAAUCUUAGGUUUCUAAAACUUGCAUAUAUAUAUAUAUAUAUAUAUGGAGAUGAAGGGUUUUAUGUUCCACCACCAACAGCAGCAACAAGUAGUAGUGGAGGAAAACAUGUCAAAUUUGACUUCUGCAUCUGGUGAAGCUAGUGCUGCUUCCUCAGGUAACAGAACUGAAAUUGGAACCAGUUACAUGGCUCAACCACCAUCUCAGACUCAACAGUCAAAGAAAAAGAGAAACCUCCCUGGCAACCCAGACCCUGAUGCUGAGGUAAUAGCCUUGUCCCCCAAGAGUCUUCUUGCCACAAACAGGUUCAUUUGUGAGAUCUGUAACAAAGGAUUUCAAAGAGAUCAGAACCUUCAGCUUCACAGAAGAGGGCACAAUUUGCCAUGGAAACUGAAGCAGAGAACAAGCAAAGAGGUGAGGAAGAAGGUGUAUGUGUGUCCAGAGCCAAGUUGUGUACAUCAUGACCCAUCAAGGGCCCUGGGGGACCUAACUGGGAUCAAGAAGCACUUCUGCAGAAAGCACGGUGAGAAGAAGUGGAAAUGUGACAAGUGCUCCAAGAAGUAUGCAGUUCAAUCAGAUUGGAAAGCUCACUCCAAAACCUGUGGCACUAGGGAGUACAGAUGUGACUGUGGAACCCUCUUCUCAAGGAGGGACAGUUUCAUAACCCACAGAGCUUUCUGUGAUGCAUUAGCAGAGGAGAGUGCAAGAGCCAUCACAAACCCACUUCUUCCCCCACAACAACAACAACAACAACCUUCUUCUUCCUCUCACCACCAAAUGAGUACUCUCCAAACCCAAUUCAACCCUCAAAAUAACCUCCAUGCCUUCCCAUUGAAAAAAGAGCAGCAAAGUUUCAAUGUUAGGACAGAAAUGCCCCCUUGGCUUGGCCCACCAGCUGCAACAGUAGUUGUUGAUCAUCACCAUCAUCAUCUCUCCUCAUCAUCCUCAUCCAUAAUGUUCUCUCCUCCUCACCAGGAAAACCCUAAUCCUAACCCUAGCCUUGGUCCCACUCUUGCUGCCUACAAAACAGUCGCUAACCCCCCACACAUGUCAGCCACAGCAUUGCUGCAGAAAGCAGCUCAGAUGGGUGCAACCAUGAGCAGAAGUGGUUCCUCACCAGCCAUGACUGGGCCCCACCAUCAUGCUCACGUGUCCUAUUCUGCUGAUUCUGCCAGUGCUCAUUUUGGGUUGAACUUGUCCUCACGUGAAGACACCACCACCUCAACAACAACAACAACAACUACUAAAACUGCUACAGUGUUCAGCCAUGGCUUAUUAUCAUCACCAUUGGGGAAUAAAGCUGGUGCUGCUGUGUCUUCUUCUGCACCAUCCCUUCUUCAUGAUGUUAUCAACUCUUUCUCAGUUUCUCCUUCUGCCUUUGAGGGAACCCCUUUUGAGGAUGCAUUCAUUCAGAGCUCAAAGAAACUCGAUGAUGAUGAUCAUCAUAACUUGUAUUUGCAUGACACAUUCUCAAAAACAAGUAGUAGUACUGGUGCAGCUGGAAAUAUUAACGAAGGGUUGACUAGAGAUUUCUUGGGUCUUAGGCCCCUCUCUCAUACUGAUAUUCUCACCAUUGCCGGCAUUGGAAAUUGCAUCCAUGAUCACCAAAAUCAGUCUCAAAAGCCAUGGCAAGGUUAGCUAUAGCUACCUCCAUAUAUAUAAUGUGAUAUAUAUAUAUAUAUAUAUAUAUAUAUAUAUAUAUAUAUAUAUAUAUAUAUAUGUAUAUGUGGACUUUCUUUUUCAUCCUUUCGUCAUCUAUAUAUAUAAUUUUUUUUUCUUUUUAAAUUAGUAUAACUUUUGUUUAUAAUCUUUUCGAUCUUCCCAAAGGGAAGGACCUUUCUGAGUCGAUCCCAAUGUUUUCAUUCCUUAUGUACUUAUUUACGGAUCGCAAUAUUGUGUUCAUCUUUACACAGAUGAAUUUUAUAUUAUA